AUGGCGCCGACCCAACGCGGGCGCUCCCUCGCAAAAGAUGCGUUCCCGCCCAUGUUCCGCAAACUCAAAACGUCGACCUACACAGACAACAUGCGCCCGGGCGCAUCGUCCUCACACUACAUCCGCACACUCUCAUGGAACUCAACAGGCGGCUUCAUAGCAACCGGCUCCGCAGACCGAACACUGCGCAUCUGGAACCCCGAACGCCCCAACGUCAAGAACUCCACCGAGCUCCGGACACCUCUCCCUGCAGGCCACAAACCCUCUUCCCCCCAGAUCGUCCUCGAACGCGUAGCCUUCCACCCCAUCAACGAAAACGAGCUCGCCUCCUGCAGCACAGACGGCAUGGUCCGCCUCUGGGACAUCCGCUCCCGCUCCCUCACCGCCGACCUGCGCGUCGCACCCCCCUACACCCGCGCCAAAGACGAAAAAGACGAGUCCCCCUUCACCCUCGCGUGGACCCCCGACGGGCAAAGCCUCGUCGCAGGCCGCAAAGAUAACAAGUUGUGCGUCAUCGACCGCGCAGGCAUGCGCGUGUCCUACGAACACCGCGAACCGCUGCAAACGAACCAGUGCGUCUUCGACUGGACGGGCGAGCACUUGUACGCCACGAAUGGAGACGGAUAUAUCAAGAUCCUGCGGUACCCCGACUUCAGCACUGCGCUCUCGCUCAACGCACACACAGCGAGCUGCUACGCCGUCGCGUACUCGCCGAGCGGGGAGUACGUCGCAGCCGGCGGGGGCGACGCGCUCGUCAGCCUGUGGGACACGCAGGAGUGGAUUUGCGUAAGGACGCUCGACUUGACGAGUAGUGCGGUUAAGAGCAUCGAUUUUAGCUUCGAUGGGAGUUACAUUGCGGCGGGGGCGGAGGACAGGGAGGAGAAGAAGCUUAACAUUGCGCAUGUGGAGAGUGGGGAGACGGUGGUUAGCUUGGAUUUGAUGGCGCCUGCGUUGCAGGUUGCGUGGCAUCCUAGCCGGUAUGUGCUGGCGUACUCGGCGGAUGCGCAGGGGUUGAAGAUUGUGGGUGGGAUGGGCUAG